ACACAAUUGGAGGCGAAAGUAUUUCCAAACUGAUAACGGCCUCGCAGAUAGUGUCACAUGGUAGGGGCACCGCGCGCAGCCGGCAGUUGCUAACAGAACCUCCAGCGGACUGCAAGCGCUUCCAGCUAGGAUAGACAUGAUAGGAACACUGCUGCAAAGGGGGCCAAAGUUGAACAACGUCAUUUGCAAGAUCCUCGGCGCACGCAGCAUGAGCGGCAUGACGAAGUAUUUAGUCGAAGAGGACAAUUUUGCCUUCCUGCGCGAUCUCGGCCUGCAGCGCGUGAACAAUGGUGUGUACAACGGCGAAUGGGUGGCCGGCACGGCCGGCAAGGUGCAGUCGAUCGAUCCUGCAUCCGGCCGGGUAAUAGCGGAGGUUGCUACCGGCUCCGAACAGGAUCUGGAACGCUGCCUGACGGCCGGUGUGGCCGCCUAUCAGGAGUGGAAGAAAAUCCCGGCCCCACUGCGCGGUGACGUCAUACGCCAGAUUGGCGACGAGCUGCGCAAGUACCGGGAGCCGCUCGGCAAGCUGGUGGCACUGGAGAUGGGCAAAAUCCUGCCCGAGGGGGUCGGCGAGGUGCAGGAGUUUGUGGACAUCUGCGACUACGCGGUCGGGCUGUCGCGCAUGUUCGGCGGCGCCAUCUUUCCCUCCGAGCGGCCGCAGCACACGAUCCUGGAGAAGUGGAACCCGCUCGGGCUGGUCGGCGUCAUAUCGGCGUUCAACUUUCCCUGCGCCGUCUUUGGCUGGAAUGCGGCGAUCGCACUGACGGUUGGCAACACCGUGCUGUGGAAGGGCGCCCCCAGCACGUCGCUUGUGAGCGUGGCGACCACUAAGAUAGUGACCGACGUGAUCAAGCGCAACAAGCUGCCCCCGAUUGUGACGCUCUGCCAGGGCGGCGAGGACGUCGGUAAGCGGAUGGUGAGCGACGAGCGCAUCAGGCUGAUGUCCUUCACCGGCAGCACGGCCGUCGGCCGCACGGUGGGCAUCGAGAUGCAGCGCCGGUUCGGGCGCUGCCUGCUGGAGCUCGGCGGCAACAAUGCGCUCAUCAUCAACGAGGAUGCACCGCAGGAGAUGGCGCUGGAUGCGGCGUUCUUCGGCUGCAUCGGCACGGCUGGCCAGCGAUGCACCACGACCAGGCGGCUGAUCAUACACGCAAAGCUGUACGACAGCUUCAUCGCGAAGCUGGUCAAGCGGUACGCCAGCCUGCUGAAGCGCGUCGGCCAUCCGCUGGAUUCGGCCACGCUGUACGGGCCGGUGCACAACCAGCAGGCGGUGGACAAUUACUUGCAGACGGUGCAGGAAGCGGUCGCGCUCGGUGGCAAGGUCGAGUGCGGUGGCAAGGUGAUCGAUCGGGCCGGGUUCUUCGUCGAGCCGACCAUCAUCUCCAACCUGCCGCACGAUGCGCCGGUCGUGAAGCGGGAAACAUUUGCGCCCAUCGUGUACGUGUUCAAGGCGAGCAACUUGCAGGAGGCGAUCAGCUGGAACAACGAAGUCGACCAAGGGCUGUCGUCGUCCCUUUUCACCAACAACAUCCAGUCGGCGUUUGAGUGGCUGGGAGAGAGUGGUUCCGACUGCGGAAUCGUAAAUAUCAACACUUCGCCCUCGGGAGCGGAAAUUGGAGGCGCGUUCGGUGGCGAGAAACAUACCGGCGGUGGCCGUGAAUCGGGAUCCGACGCCUGGAAGCAGUACGCGCGACGAUCAACUAUCACCGUCAAUCAUUCAACUGAUUUGCCACUGGCACAGGGAAUUGUAUUUGAAUAAGUGGAGGGGUUACAUCUUUGUUUUAUAAAGUUUGUAAUAAAUACAGACGAACAAGUCUGACUGAUUAAUGUGUAAACAA